ACAUUUCCCAUAGGGCCCUGCGCUCAGACUGGUGACGUAACACUCGGCUCUAGGGAAAUCCAGACGUGCAGGAAGCCAGGCGACGAUGGCCGACCAGCGAGUGUUCCUGCUGUCCUGCCCUAUUCAGCAGUAUGCUUGGGGGAAGUUGGGCUUUUCCAGCGAAGUGGCCCAGUUGUUGGCAAGCAGUGACCCGCUGGUCCAAAUCCAAGAUGACGAGCCAUAUGCAGAGCUAUGGAUGGGAACCCACCCCCAUGGUAACGCUAAGAUUCCUGACAUUCAUAUCUUGGAGAAAGAUCUGGGGGAGUGGAUCAACAACCAUUUGUUUUGUUUGGGGGACACCAUCAAAGAAAGCUACAAAGAUCUGCCUUUCCUCUUCAAAGUGUUGUCUGUCAAUAAGGCUCUUUCCAUCCAGGCACAUCCCAAUAAGGAACUGGCAAUGAAGCUUCAUAUCCAGGAUCCUCAACACUACCCGGACAUCAACCAUAAGCCAGAGAUGGCCAUCGCCCUCACUUCUUUCCAGGCCUUAUGUGGCUUCCGGCCUAUCCCAGAGAUCCUGGGAUUUCUUCACAAAGUGCCAGAGUUCCGGUCGCUGAUUAGCAAUGAGGCAAUAGAAGAGUUGGAGCUGAGCAUGGGCCAGACCAUGGAUGACAUCUCUUCUGCCCUUCAGAACUGCUUCACCCAAAUGAUGAACAGUGACAAGAAGCACUUUCAGCAACAGCUCAGCAUCCUGGUGAAGCGCAUCUCUCAGGAAGUGGCAGAAGGGAAAGAUGUGAGCGACAGUAACGGAGAGCUUCUCUUGAAGCUUCACGAGGACUAUCCUGGUGACAUCGGCUGCUUUGUCAUCUACUUCCUGAACCUGGUGGUGCUACAGCCAGGGGAGGCCAUCUUCCUGGGGGCCAAUGAGCCCCAUGCCUACCUAAGUGGAGACUGUGUGGAGUGUAUGGCAUGCUCAGACAAUACAGUGCGGGCCGGCCUGACAUCCAAGUUCAUUGAUGUGAAAACCCUGUGUAACAUGCUCAACUACACUCCAGCCCCAAGCAGUUCAAAACUCUUUCAUCCUAUGCCUGAUGAAAUCGACCCUUAUGUCUCCAUCUAUAAUCCACCUGUACCUGAAUUCCUCGUUUUAUACAUCAAGGUUCCUGCCUCCACCCAUUUCUACAUGGUUGCCAACAUCGAGUCAGCCAGCAUCCUCCUUGUGGUGAAGGGAAAAGCCCAGGGGAACACGGGGCCAGAAAACUCUCUCCAUAUGCAGCGUGGCACCGUGGUCUUCAUCGCUGCCAAGGAGUCUCUCCAUCUGGAACUCAGUCCGGAGGAAGACAUGGUGAUGUUCCGGGCCUGCUGUGCGAUCUAGCGCGCCUCGCCAUGGUAAUCCCCGUGGUCUCCAUCAGGCCUGUGAUGUGUGUCUGAGCAGCUGCAAGAAAGUAGGCCCAAGCAUCAUGCCAGCGGUGUUCCUUACCUAGCUCCAGAAACCACCAGCACCUCUGCAGGAGUGGGGAAGGGACCUCUUCUA